AGUUCCAAUCCGUCUCGCUUCUCCAAUCCAAUCAGUUUCUUGCUUUGCUCGUCCGGAAUAAGUUCAGUAAAGUUUCCCAAUAAGAUGUCAGGUGCCAAUCCCUUUGCUCAGUUUGAGAAAACUUUCUCGCAGGCCGGCACAACAUACAAGUACUUUGACCUCGCCUCCAUCGACAGCAAAUAUGAUCAACUGCCCUACUCGAUCCGAGUGCUCUUGGAGUCGGCGGUGCGCAACUGCGAUAACUUCCAUAUCCUUGAGAAGGAUGUCCAGAGCAUCCUUGGAUGGUCACCAGCCCUCAAACAGGGUUCCAACGAUGUGGAGGUUCCUUUAAAGCCAGCCCGUGUGAUCCUUCAGGAUUUCACUGGUGUCCCAGCUGUGGUAGAUUUUGCUGCUAUGCGCGAUGCUGUUCUGGAUCUGGGUGGCGAUCCCGAGAAAAUCAAUCCCAUCUGCCCCGCCGACUUGGUCAUAGAUCACUCGGUCCAGGUGGACUUUGCCCGUACUCCUGAUGCUCUGACCAAGAACCAGAGUCUGGAGUUUGAGCGCAACAAGGAGCGAUUCACCUUCUUAAAGUGGGGAGCUAAAGCCUUCAACAACAUGCUGAUUGUGCCACCCGGCUCUGGAAUUGUUCAUCAAGUGAAUCUCGAGUACUUGGCCCGCGUGGUGUUCGAAAAUGAUACCACCGAUGGCUCGAAGAUUCUGUACCCCGACAGUGUUGUGGGCACUGACUCCCACACUACAAUGAUCAACGGACUGGGAGUUUUGGGUUGGGGAGUUGGUGGUAUCGAGGCUGAAGCUGUGAUGUUAGGACAAUCCAUUUCUAUGUUGUUGCCUGAGGUUAUUGGCUAUAAGUUGGAGGGAAAACUGAGUCCACUUGUCACCUCCACUGAUUUGGUGUUGACCAUCACCAAGCAUCUACGUCAAUUGGGUGUGGUGGGCAAGUUUGUGGAGUUCUAUGGACCUGGAGUGGCGGAACUCAGCAUUGCCGAUCGGGCAACUAUCAGCAACAUGUGUCCCGAAUACGGAGCCACCGUGGGCUAUUUCCCCAUCGAUGAAAAUACUCUCGGUUACAUGAAGCAGACGAAUCGUUCUGAGAAGAAGAUCGACAUCAUUCGUCAGUAUCUGAAGGCCACACAGCAGUUGCGCAACUAUGCUGAUGAGGCUCAAGAUCCAAAGUUCACUCAGAGCAUCACCUUGGAUCUGGCGACAGUAGUUACCUCGGUUUCGGGACCCAAGCGUCCACACGAUCGCGUUUCUGUAUCUGAUAUGCCAGAGGAUUUCAAGUCGUGCCUUUCCAGCCCAGUGGGUUUCAAGGGCUUUGCCAUUUCUCCGGAGGCUCAGUCAGCUUCAGGGGAGUUCCAGUGGGAUGAUGGCAAAACUUACAAACUGCAUCACGGAUCGGUGGUUAUUGCUGCCAUCACAUCCUGCACAAACACCUCGAAUCCCUCGGUGAUGCUGGGUGCUGGUCUCUUGGCCAAAAAGGCCGUGGAGAAGGGUCUGAACAUUCUGCCCUACAUUAAGACUUCACUGUCGCCUGGAUCCGGUGUGGUAACAUAUUACCUGAAGGAGUCUGGAGUCAUUCCCUAUCUGGAGAAGCUGGGCUUCGAUAUUGUGGGUUAUGGGUGCAUGACUUGCAUCGGUAACUCCGGUCCCCUGGAGGAAAACGUGGUAAACACAAUCGAGAAAAAUGGACUCGUCUGCGCUGGAGUUCUUUCUGGAAACAGGAAUUUCGAGGGUCGCAUCCAUCCAAACACCCGGGCCAAUUAUUUGGCCAGCCCCCUGUUGGUCAUUGCUUACGCCAUUGCCGGACGUGUGGACAUUGAUUUUGAGAAGGAACCUCUUGGCGUGGAUGCCAAUGGAAAGAAUGUCUUCUUACAGGAUAUCUGGCCAACGCGAUCAGAGAUCCAGGAGGUCGAGAACAAACACGUGAUUCCCGCUAUGUUCCAGGAGGUGUACAGCAAGAUCGAGCUCGGUUCCGAGGACUGGCAGACUCUGAAAGUGUCCGAGGGCAAGCUGUUCUCGUGGAGCUCUGAUUCCACCUACAUCAAGCGUCCACCCUUCUUCGAGGGUAUGACCCGAGAGCUGCCCAAGUUACAGAGCAUCCAAAAGGCACGUUGUCUGCUCUUCCUGGGCGAUUCUGUGACCACGGAUCACAUCUCGCCAGCUGGAUCCAUUGCUAGGACCUCGCCCGCUGCGCGUUUCCUUUCGGAGAGGAACAUCACUCCCCGUGAUUUCAACUCCUAUGGAUCGCGACGUGGAAACGAUGCCAUCAUGUCGCGCGGAACUUUCGCCAAUAUUCGUUUGGUUAACAAACUGGUCACAAAGACUGGACCACGCACCGUACACAUUCCCAGCCAGGAGGAGCUAGACAUCUUCGAUGCUGCUGAGAGGUACCGUGAGGAGGGUACUCCUCUGGUCCUGGUGGUCGGUAAGGACUACGGCAGCGGAAGCUCUCGGGAUUGGGCCGCCAAGGGACCUUUCUUGCUGGGCGUGAAGGCAGUGAUCGCAGAGUCCUACGAGCGUAUCCAUCGUUCUAACCUGGUUGGUAUGGGCAUCAUUCCUCUGCAAUUCCUGCCGGGCCAGAGUGCUGAGACUUUGAACUUAACUGGCCGGGAGGUGUACAACAUUUCCCUGCCUGAGACCGGUUUGAAGCCGGGUCAGAAGAUCCAGGUGGAGGCUGAUGGAACUAUCUUUGAGACCAUUCUGCGCUUCGACACCGAGGUGGAUAUCACCUACUACAAGAAUGGCGGCAUUCUCAACUACAUGAUCCGCAAGAUGCUUUCUUAAGCAUCCAAUUUGAUUUUGUUUUUUAUUUGUAUAUUCCAGUUGCAUUUCUACACUGUAAAAUGUAGUACCCUAAGUUUUUAAUUUGUGGUGGUGCUUCCCCAACUUGGUUAGACCAAUAAACUAAGCCUUUACUUUUGGUAUCCAAUUAAA